AUGUUAGUGAAAUUAUUAAGUUCAAAUGUACAUAGAUGGAGUCUGACUCAAAGCAUCAGACACAGACGUUGUCAGUCUAUUGAUUUCACAAGUGACGGCCUUCAAAAAAUCCCGCAAUCAUCACUUCAUCACUUAAGGUGGAUGAUGCAGAAAGAUAAUCUUCGGCAAGAUUUAUUCUUAAUAGGAAGACCGGGAAGAUUUAAAAGAAACAUUGCCAUGUCAUAUCUUCAACUAACAAACCAAGAAUGUGAAUAUAUUUCACUUUCUCGUGACACUUCAGAGUCUGAUUUAAAACAACGUCGAGAAAUUUCCCAUGGAACUUCAAUUUAUAUCGAUCAAGCUGCAGUGAAGGCGGCAAAGGAAGGUCGAGUGCUGAUCAUUGAUGGCGUAGAAAAAGCUGAAAGAAAUAUUCUUCCAAUUCUUAAUAAUUUGCUUGAGAAUCGUGAAAUGCAUUUAGAGGACGGAAGAUUUUUGGUGUCUGCAGAACGAUAUGACAAUCUACUCAAAGAUCAUGGACAAGAAGUUCUUGACAACAUGGGACUGUUAAGAGUUUCAGAUAAUUUCCGUGUGAUAGCUUUAGGACUGCCAGUUCCAAAGUAUCGAGGAUCACCUCUCGAUCCACCACUUCGUUCUCGUUUUCAAGCUCGAGAAAUCGCCAACUUAUCAUACAAUGAAAUGUUCCAACAAAUGCAAGACGUCGCUCCAAAUGCGCCUGUUGAAGGAUUAAAGAAAAUUUUAUCUUUCGGCUUUUCCAUCUCUUCAGGUGACUCCUCAGCUUCAUUUCCAGACUUCCCUGUUGACAAUCUUGUCGAUGUCGCUCGAAUUUUCUCACAAAAUCCAAAUUUAUCGGAAAUUGAUUUAAUUAAACUUCUUUAUCCAAUCGAUGUGAUUUUGACACCAUCACAAAAAUCUUCAAUUGACACGCUCAGAGAUUCACUCAAAAUUCAAAGAUCAUCGAAAAGUCAUAAACAGAAAAUAGAAAACAUUGAGAUUGGAAAAGGAACAGCAAAAGUUACAAUUGAACGACCAGGAUGGUUGAAAUCUUCCCAAGUCACUUUAAAUAUUCCGAUAUGUGAAAAUAACAUUUCAACUGUCAAACAUGAUCAUAAAUUUGUUGAGAUUAAUUCACAAUCAGCUCUUUUAACUGACAUGAUGCAAACAUAUGCCGUUGCUGAUUUUUGUUUGGUCGGCACGCGAGGAUCUGGGAAAACCGCUUUGAUUGUAGAACUUUGCAGAAUGCUUAAUCAACCACUUGAACAAGUGACACUCUACAAAGACAUGAGUGCAAGAGAAUUAAUUCAAAGUCGAAAUACCAAAGCAAAUGGUGACACUGAAUGGAUGGAUUCAAGUUUAGUGAAAGCAGCACGAAAUGGUUGGACAAUUGUUCUUGAUGGACUCCAUCGUCUUCAUCUCAGUACGAUGUCAAUUCUGCAUCGACUUGUGCACGACAGGGAAUUGCAAUUAUUUGAUGGUUCUCGUUUAAUUCGUCAUGAUAAGUUUCAAGAGCUGAUUGACUUAGGCAUGAGUGAAGAAGAACUUAAUUUGAAAGGAAUUUUUAAAAUUCAUCCUGCAUUUAGAAUUGUCGCAUUAGCAGAGCCGCCUAAACUCGACACAUCCAAUUGGCUAACACCUGAAGUCUUAAGCAUAUUUUUAUUCCAUCAAGUUGAGAACUUGAACAAGUCUGACGAAAUUCAAAUAAUUAAUGAACUUUAUGGCUCAAUUCAUCCAUCAAUGUCAGUGAUUCUUGAACUUGCACAAGAACUUCGAACACGAUCAGAAAGAGAUCCAAUUUUAAAGAACUUUGCUGAAGCUUUGUCAACGAGACAAUUACUUCGCAUAGCUCAUCGUCUAUCGAAAUAUUCAGGUGAUGAUGCUCCAAUUUAUGACAUUGUUCAACGAGUUUUUCUAUCGAAAUUUUUGCCAUCACUUCCAAGGCAAGUUCUUGAAAGUAUCUUAACAGAAUACAACAUCAUUCCACAGAAAGUUAAGAGCAAAAAUGUUAAAGUAAAUGUUGAUAAAGAGAAUAAGAUUUUAACGAUUGGACAAACAUCAGCAAAGAUUUAUGAUCGCGAUUUAAGUCACUCGCUUAAAGUACCUGAAACUUUAUUUUAUGACACUCCACAUUAUGUUAAAUUAUUGGAGAGAAUUUUACAAGAUUUCCUUCUCGGUUAUCAUUUAUGUUUGAUUGGAAAUCAAGGAGUUGGAAAAAACAAAUUGAUUGAUCGACUUCUGUUUCUUAUGAACUAUCCUCGUGAAUAUAUUCAAUUGCAUCGUGACACGACUGUCACUUCAUUAACCAUUGCACCAACGAUUGUCGAUGGAAAAGUUUUAUUCGAAGAUUCGCCUUUGGUUAAAGCUGUUAAAAAUGGUUACACUUUAGUCAUCGAUGAAAUUGACAAAGCACCGAUUAAUGUGACUUGCGUUCUUAAAAGUUUGGUUGAAACUGGUGAGAUGUGGUUGUCAGAUGGACGAAAAAUUGUUCCACAUGCAAGUGAAAUUGAUGAAAAUGACACGAAAAUAAUUAAAACGCAUCAAGAUUUUAGAAUAAUCGUGUUGGCUAAUCGACCAGGUUUUCCCUUCUUAGGAAAUGACUUUUUCGCAUCAAUGGGUCAUUUGUUCUCUUGUCAUGCCAUUGAUAAUCCUGAAAUGGAAUCUGAAAUUCAAUUGCUUAAACAAUACGGCCCAAAUGUCGAUGAAAAACUUAUUAAGAGACUUGUCAAAGCAUUCGGUGAACUUCGAUCGAUGGCUGAUACUUCACAAAUAUCUUAUCCGUACUCAACACGUGAAGUUGUAAAUAUUGUGAAACAUCUCAACAAAUAUCCCGAUGAGAAUAUCAGCGAACUGAUAGGAAACGUUUUGGAUUUCGAUCGACACUCUCCUGAGUCAUUGGAACAAGUGACGAAUGUGUUAAUCAAACAUGGAUUGGAAAUUUCAGCAUAUGCACAAAAUGAACUCACAGAACUUCGACGAAAGAAGGAAAUUCAAUUGAGCGUCGAUCAUUAUAGUGGCAAAGACGUUUCAUCACCAAAACAUGGAAAAAUUGACGAGAAGAAUGAUCCACACGUUGGUGGAAAUACUUGGGCAGGAGGGAGUGGUGGACGUGACACUGCAGGUCUUGGUGGCAAAGGUGGACCUUAUCGACUUGACAGUGGACAUAAAGUUCAUCAACUCUCUGAUGAAGAGAAAGACGCGAUUCCAGAACAUGUUAAAGCAGCUGCAAGGGCAAUGAAUCGAAAAGCUUUUGCUGAAAAACUAAAAGAAAUUCAAAUGUCAGCUUAUGAUCAUAAUAUUUAUAUUCAAUUUAGUAACCCAGUCAAACCACAUGUGAACACAUUGAGAAAUAUUUUAAAUUCACUUGAAGCGAAGGCAAAGGAACGUCAUUGGCAAAAGCAUCAAACGUCAGGUGAACUUGAUGAUAUGAAGCUGAUAGAAGGAAUAACUGGUGAGAAAAAUAUUUAUAAGAUGAGAAGUGACAUGGAUCCCGAACCUGGUCAACCUCAAGAGAAACCGAAACGUUUGACGGUUGUAGUUGACGUUAGCGGAUCGAUGUAUCGCUUCAAUGGCUAUGAUGGAAGAUUAGAUCGAAGUCUUGAAGCUGUAACAAUGUUAAUGGAAAGUUUCGAAGGUUUUGAGCAUAAAAUUCAAUACGACAUUGUUGGCCAUAGUGGAGAAAGUCAUUGCCUUACAUUUAUUGAUCAUAAGAAUCCUCCAAACAAUGAUAAACGUCGAAUGGACACUUUGAAGAUGAUGCAUGCCCAUGCACAAUAUUGUUGGUCAGGAGACAACACGCUCAAAGCAACACAACAUGCAGUUGAUACAAUUGCGAAGGAAGAAUGUGACGAAGCUAUUGUUGUAGUGUUGAGUGAUGCAAAUCUUCAACGAUAUGCAAUUCCACCGAAGAAAUUAACAGAAAUGUUGAUGAAACAAGAACCGAAAGUUCAUGCUUACAUGAUUUUUAUUGGGAGUUUAGGAAAGGAAGCUGAACAAGUACAACGGAACAUGCCUCAGGGAAAGUGCUUCUUAUGCAUUGAAGAUGUCGGCGAAUUGCCAAAAAUUUUGAAAACUAUUUUCCAAUCAUCUUUACUGCGACAAUCAGUUUAAUUUUGUUAAUGUUUUUUUAAGAUAUCGAAUAAAAAGGAAUUUUCAUAUCGUUCAAUAUUUUUUAUCUCUUUUGAUUACUUUUUAUAUAAACUUUUGAAUCAAAAUAUUUUCGUGAUGUCUCAAAAUAAAUCUGUUAUCGAUGCGAUAAGUUCUUUUGCAGUGGGCACUACAGAAACUAAAAUCUCUUCAUUAUGAUAAGAAGAGAUCUAUAAAAGGGGAUUGAGACCGAUUCAAAGUGUUUAUUUGAAAAAUGAAGUUCUUUGUUGUGUUGCUUAUCGGAGCUUUUGCAAUUGGUGCAAACGGACAGACUGGACCCUGUGCCAGUAUUCGUAGCAGAGCUGCAUGGGGUGCCAGAAGUGCUAAUACCAACCCACUUCCAACACAACCGCCAAAUGCCUUCGUUAUUCAUCAUACAGCUGGAGCACGGUGUUCAACAACAGCAGCUUGUGAUCAGCAAAUGAGAAAUAUUCAAUCAUGGCAUAUGGAUGGAAAUGGAUGGGCUGAUUUUGGCUACAACUUCUGUGUUGGUGACACUGCUGUUAUAUACGAAGGUCGCGGUUGGAAUCGACAAGGUGCACAUUCACCAGGAUUUAAUUCACGUUCGAUUGGAUUCUGCUUUAUGGGAAAUUUCAUGACUGUUUUACCACCUCAAGCAGCUUUAAAUGUGGCUCAAGCAUUUAUUAUUUGUGCAAGAGACUGGGGUCGUUUAACAACUACUUACCGUUUGUUGGGUCAUAGACAAGAUGUUGCGACAGCCUGUCCUGGAGAUGCUCUGUUUAAUGUUAUCCGCACGUGGCCCAGAUGGUCAUAAAUAUUGUCUUAUUGUUAAAUAUUCAAUAAAGCAAUUGUUUGUACUAAUAUUUUAUCUG